AUGGCAGCCUGCCGGCUGCUUUUCUGCAGUGUGGUUCUCUUGUCAUGGAUCAGUGCAAUCUACUCUGGGACGAACCCGCAAGAUGCUGCUGUACUCCGAGCAUUGAAAGAUCAGUGGGAAAACAUGCCCCCGAGUUGGGAUAAAUCAGAUGAUCCUUGUGGAGCCUGGGAUGGUAUUACCUGCAACAAUGCCACCUUAAGGGUCACUGCAAUAGGACUAUCGACAAUGGGACUAAAAGGAACCAUGACUGGCGAUAUUGGGGGGCUCACCGAACUAAUUUCCUUGGACUUGUCAUUCAACCCUGGCCUUACAGGUCCCCUUUCUCCACGGCUAGGAGAUCUGCGGAAUUUGAACAUAUUAAUUCUAUCAGGGUGUAGCUUUUCUGGCAAUAUACCAAGUGAAUUGGGAAACCUUGCAAACCUAUCUUUUCUAGCGCUUAACACCAAUAACCUAACUGGGAAUAUUCCACAUUCCCUUGGCAAACUUUCCGAACUCUAUUGGCUCGACCUAGCUGAAAAUGAGUUGACAGGGUCUCUCCCUGUAUCAACAGGAUUAGUAGCUCCAGGGCUUGACCGUCUUAAAAAGGCAAAACACUUCCAUUUCAACAAAAACCAGCUAUCAGGCGAAAUUCCAGAAAAGCUUUUCAGCUCAAACAUGUCUCUAAUACAUGUACUGUUUGAUGGGAAUCAAUUGGAAGGGAGCAUUCCAUCUACCAUAGGAGAGGUUCUGACACUUGAGGCUCUUCGACUUGAUCGAAAUGGCCUGACAGGAAGUGUCCCGUCAAACCUCAACCGCCUCGAAAAUAUCACUGAAAUGAAUUUGGCUCACAAUAUGUUGACUGGUAAAUUACCAAAUUUAGCUGGAAUGAAUCUCCUCGCCUAUGUGGACUUGAGCAACAACUCUUUUCAGAAAACAGAAGCUCCAGAGUGGUUCUCUACUUUACUGUCUCUAACUACUUUGGUAAUUGAACAUGGACCGCUACAGGGAUCGCUGCCACCUGAAGUUUUUAGCUUACCUCAGAUCCAGCAAGUGAAACUGAAGAAUAAUGCCUUGAGUGACAAAUUAGAUAUGGGCAGUAACAUUAGCCAGAACCUUCAACUAACUGAUUUGCAGGACAAUGAUAUAUCAUCAGUUACGCUUAGUUCUGAAUACAAAAAUACAUUAAUAUUAAUUGGUAACCCUGUGUGUGAGACUGCGCCAGAGAAUGCAGUUUACUGUCAUCUUCAACAGUUGGCUAGACCUUAUUCGACCAGCCUAGCAAAUUGUGGAAACAAAUUGUGUUCCCCCGAAGAAAAAUUGAACCCGCAAAGUUUGCAUCUUCCUUCAGUUUCUCUGCAGAUCCCCUUUUUCAACGUUGACGACUAUCUUCAGGUGCAGCUGGAUCUCUUUCCUUCCGAUGCGAAGUAUUUCAAUAGGUCAGAAGUUCAGAGACUUGGUUUUGCAUUAACUAGGCAAACUUACAAGCCUCCAAAAGAGUUUGGACCCUACUAUUUUAUAGCAGAUCUGUACAUUUUUCCAGAUGAACGCCGGGGAACUCGUGUUAGCUCAGGUGUGAUUGCUGGGAUUGCUACUGGCUGUGCAUUUUUGGUCCUGGUGCUUGCAGGGCUAGCGACAUAUGCUCUACGACAAAAAAGACGUGCUGAACAAGCCAUAACAUUAAGUAAACCAUUUGCAUCUUGGGCUCCAAGUGGCAAAGAUAGUGGAGGAGCACCACAACUAAAAGGAGCUAGAUGGUUCUCUUAUGACGAGAUCAAGAAAUGCACCAAUAACUUCUCUCAAAGCAAUGAGAUUGGCUCUGGAGGCUAUGGCAAAGUGUACAGGGGAAUGCUCUCAAGUGGACAGGUAGUUGCUGUCAAAAGAGCUCAACAAGGAGAACAGAUGUUGGUAUAUGAGUUUAUACCUAAUGGAACACUAAGGGAGUGUUUAACCGGAAAAAGUGGAAUUCAUCUAGGUUGGGAGAGGAGGAUACGUACAGCACUAGCUGCAGCUAGAGGAUUAUCUUAUCUACACGAGCUCGCAAAUCCUCCAAUAAUUCAUCGUGAUAUCAAGUCAACCAAUAUCCUCUUGGAUGAAAAUCUAACGGCAAAGGUUGCAGAUUUUGGCUUGUCUAAGCCGAUGUCAGACGGUUCCAAAGGGCAUGUCUCUACUCAAGUUAAAGGCACGCUGGGUUAUCUGGAUCCAGAAUACUACAUGACACAACAAUUGACAGAAAAAAGUGACGUCUAUAGUUUUGGCGUGGUGAUGCUUGAACUGAUAACUGCAAAGUUGCCUAUUGAGAAAGGAAAAUACAUUGUACGUGAAGUACGACUAGCAAUGAACAAAAAUGAUGAAGUGCACUGCGGAUUAAAAGAAAUGAUGGAUCCGGUCAUUGGAAACACCCCAAAUCUUAUAGGAUUCCCAAGGUUUCUUGAAUUGGCAAUGCAAUGUGUCGAAGAACUAGCUUCAGACCGUCCAACAAUGAGCGAAGUUGUGAAAUCCCUCGAAACAAUUUUACUAAAUGAUGGCCUAAACACAAAUUCAACAUCUGCAUCCUCAUCUGCCACAGACUUUGGAUCUGCAAAAGGCGCCCUCAAACAUCCUUACAAUGAUUCUCUACCAAGGAAGGGUACCAAUGAGAGUGAUGUCUUCAAGUAUAGUGGUGGAUACACUCUCCCACCAAAAGUUGAACCAAAAUAG